GUAGCUGCGCGCCGUCGUCGAAGGUCGGUGCGUGUCCGGGUGGAGUGACACGUGUGGCCGGGACGCAUUCAGGGGUGCCUGUAUCAAGCCAACGGGAAAUUUUAUUUAGUGUCUUUUUAAUUAAUUUUUAAUUGUUUGGAUCGAACAGACAUUUUUCUCUUCUUUAUUUAAACCCCAAAGACGAAAAAAUGGGACGCGGAGAAGGUCGGGAACAGUAUGAGCUGGCAGCUACCUCGGAACAGGGUGGCAAGAAAUCCAAGCCCAAGGGCAAGAAGGACAAGGACAAGGAUAUGGAUGAACUUAAAAAGGAAGUGGACUUGGAUGAUCAUAGGCUGACUCUGGAAGAGCUUAACAGGAAGUAUGACACCGAUCUUACCAGGGGAUUGACUGCCGCCCGUGCAAAAGAGAUUCUUGCACGUGAUGGACCCAAUGCUCUGACCCCCCCUCCCACCACCCCUGAAUGGGUCAAAUUCUGCAAGCAGCUCUUUGGUGGAUUCUCCACUCUUCUGUGGAUUGGAGCUAUUCUUUGCUUCCUGGCAUAUGGAAUCCAAGCAGCUUCAGAAGAUGAACCAGCAAAUGAUAAUUUGUACCUGGGUAUUGUGUUAUCUGCGGUAGUUAUGAUAACUGGAUGCUUCUCAUACUAUCAAGAGGCUAAGAGCUCAAAGAUCAUGGACUCCUUCAAGAAUCUUGUACCUCAGCAAGCCUUGGUCAUCCGUGAUGGUGAGAAAAUGAGCAUCAAUGCAGAAGAUGUGGUUGUUGGAGACCUUGUGGAGGUUAAGGGUGGAGACAGAAUUCCUGCUGAUCUGCGCAUUAUUUCUGCUCAUGGAUGCAAGGUGGACAAUUCCUCACUGACUGGUGAAUCUGAGCCCCAGACUCGUACUCCAGACUUCUCCAAUGAAAAUCCUUUGGAAACAAGGAACAUUGCUUUUUUUUCUACCAAUUGUGUGGAAGGUACAGCUAGAGGUAUUGUCAUCAGCACUGGUGAUCGGACUGUCAUGGGCCGUAUCGCUACUCUUGCCUCUGGUCUGGAAGUUGGCCGAACCCCCAUUUCUAUCGAGAUUGAACACUUCAUCCACAUUAUCACUGGUGUGGCUGUUUUCCUCGGUGUGUCCUUCUUUAUUCUGUCACUGAUUCUUGGAUACAGCUGGCUAGAGGCCGUCAUUUUCCUCAUUGGGAUCAUUGUCGCAAAUGUGCCAGAGGGUCUCUUGGCUACAGUAACUGUGUGUCUGACUCUAACUGCUAAACGUAUGGCGAAGAAGAACUGUCUGGUAAAGAAUCUAGAAGCUGUAGAAACCCUUGGCUCCACUUCCACUAUUUGCUCAGACAAGACAGGAACUCUGACUCAGAACCGUAUGACUGUGGCACAUAUGUGGUUUGAUAAUCAAAUUCAUGAAGCAGAUACCACAGAGAACCAAAGCGGAACCUCGUUUGACAGAAGCUCAGCCACUUGGGCUGGGCUGGCUCGAAUUGCUGGCCUGUGCAAUCGUGCAGUCUUCCUUGCUGAUCAGGAUAAUGUUCCUAUCCUUAAGAGAGAUACAGCUGGUGAUGCUUCAGAGUCUGCCCUGUUAAAGUGUAUUGAGCUUUGCUGUGGUUCAGUGAAGGAGAUGAGGGAUAAGUACACAAAGAUUGCAGAGAUCCCAUUCAACUCCACCAAUAAAUACCAGCUGUCCAUCCACAAGAACCCCAAUGAUGGAGAGAGCAAACACCUGCUAGUAAUGAAGGGCGCUCCCGAGAGGAUUCUGGACCGAUGCUCGACUAUUAUGCUUCAAGGAAAAGAGCAACCACUGGAUGAUGAGUUAAAGGAUGCUUUCCAAAAUGCCUAUUUAGAAUUGGGUGGCCUUGGAGAGCGAGUGCUGGGUUUCUGCCAUUACGAUCUUUCUGAUGACCAGUUCCCUGAAGACUUCCAGUUUGAUACAGAUGAGGUGAACUUUCCCACUGAGAAUCUGUGCUUUGUUGGACUCAUGUCUAUGAUUGAUCCUCCUCGUGCUGCUGUACCUGAUGCUGUUGGCAAAUGCAGGAGUGCUGGAAUUAAGGUUAUCAUGGUGACAGGAGAUCAUCCAAUCACAGCUAAAGCCAUUGCUAAGGGUGUGGGUAUCAUCUCUGAAGGCAAUGAAACUGUGGAAGACAUCGCUGCCCGUCUGAACAUCCCAAUAAAUGAGGUCAACCCAAGAGAUGCCAAGGCAUGUGUGGUUCAUGGUGGUGAUCUUAAGGACCUGACCCCAGAGCAGCUGGAUGAUGUCUUGAAACACCACACUGAAAUUGUGUUUGCCAGAACAUCUCCUCAACAAAAACUGAUUAUUGUGGAAGGAUGCCAGCGGCAGGGUGCCAUUGUGGCUGUGACUGGUGAUGGUGUUAAUGACUCUCCUGCUCUGAAGAAGGCUGACAUUGGUGUAGCAAUGGGUAUUGCUGGAUCUGAUGUCUCCAAACAGGCUGCUGAUAUGAUUCUCCUGGAUGACAACUUUGCUUCUAUUGUUACUGGAGUAGAAGAAGGCCGCCUGAUCUUUGACAACUUGAAGAAGUCAAUUGCUUACACCUUGACAAGUAAUAUUCCUGAGAUCACACCUUUUCUUCUGUUUAUAAUUGCAAACAUCCCUCUUCCUCUGGGCACAGUUACCAUUCUUUGCAUUGACCUUGGAACAGACAUGGUCCCUGCAAUUUCCUUGGCCUAUGAGGCUGCUGAGAGUGACAUCAUGAAGAGGCAACCCAGAAACCCCAAGACAGACAAGCUGGUUAAUGAAAGGCUUAUUAGCAUGGCCUAUGGGCAGAUUGGUAUGAUUCAGGCACUAGCUGGCUUCUUUACCUACUUUGUAAUUCUGGCUGAGAAUGGCUUCCUGCCUUCUACAUUGCUGGGUAUACGUGUGUUCUGGGAUGACAAAUACAUCAAUGAUCUGGAAGAUAGUUAUGGGCAGCAGUGGACAUAUGAGCAGAGGAAGAUCGUGGAGUUCACAUGCCAUACAGCAUUCUUUAUCAGUAUUGUGGUUGUGCAAUGGGCAGAUUUGAUCAUCUGUAAGACCAGGAGGAACUCAGUCUUCCAACAAGGCAUGAAGAACAAAAUUCUCAUCUUUGGACUGUUUGAGGAGACUGCUUUAGCAGCUUUCCUCUCCUACUGCCCAGGAAUGGAUGUUGCCUUAAGAAUGUAUCCACUCAAACCAAACUGGUGGUUCUGUGCCUUCCCCUACUCACUACUUAUCUUUAUUUAUGAUGAAAUUCGAAAGCUUAUCAUCCGGCGCAGUCCAGGAGGUUGGGUGGAGAGAGAGACCUAUUACUAAAGCAUCCUGUCUACAUUGCACAAAAUUUAUUUGCAUGGCUGUCUUGCUGCUUGGAAUUUAACCUCAGUAAUUCAGUUUUUUUAUACACAAAAAUCUGUACAUCUCUAGGGAAUGCUUGACACAAACAUGGAGAUCAUGAACCAAGACAUUGCGUGCCUUGUUUCUGAAGCCGGACCAAUUUUCUACGUUUUUAAAAUUGUGAUAUAAAUAAACUCCCAGUCGUUUCCCCACAUUUGAAAUCAUUUGGAUGCUUUACAUUUAUUCGUUUGGUAGAUAUGUCCAAAUAGACAUACAGGUUAAUAGAAGCAUAGAGCUGAGCAGUUUGGGUCUUGCUCAAGGGCCUUAAAGUGGCCACUGACGAGACCUUUUUUGGGUUUUUUUUGUUUGUUUUUUUUAAAUAAACAUGCGAGUAGUUUGGCUCAGCACACCCCAAUUAGUUCAGUAUGGGAUAAAAAAUCUUCCUGUUUUUAUUGCCUAUUUCUGAAAGUGGAAUAAACUCAGUUUAUAGAUGUGAUUUAUAGCUUUAAGGCUUUCAUGGUGCAAAAUUAACUGUGAGAUUCACAGACCAAGUUGGAAUCCCUGAGGACUGUUUUCUGUGCUUCCAACACAGGGGUGGGUUUACAGUCUGCUCUUUAUAUAAUUUUGAUGGAAGCGAAUUUAAGCCUGAAUGACCAUGGCACUCCAGCAUGUAAGCAAAAACUGUUUUUCUUGUUUGAACCCAAUUCUGUUAAUUGAUAUUACCCAAAUUGAUAUUACAUGUGAUCAUGACAUACACAAAGAAAAUCUGCAAAUAGGCUCUGGUUUUCAGUUUUCUUUAACUGACACAUUUGGCUACAGAGGUCACAUUUGCUUAAGAUUUAUUUCCUCUGUGUAUGUGAAUUCAAUUAGUGGGAUUUUUUUUGUUUUUUUCCCUCUCUGUUCCACUUAACCAAAUUCUACCUAAGCUAGAAAUCUGAGACUGGUGAGACAAUUAACAACUGUAUAAUUGUCCAAGUUGCAGCUUGAGGUCCAUACUUUCAGCUGUGCUGGGUUUUAUUUUAUUUACAUAUAUUUGAUAAACCAAACGAAACAGUGGCACAUCAAACUUUUUCCCCCAAAAAAAGCAUUUUAAAAGAUCAGUAAGAGGAAAAUGGAUUGCAGCAAAUUUUGUUUUGCACAAUAUUUAAAAAGCAUGAACCCAAUUUAUUUUUUAAUGUAGGAGUAUGCUUUGCCUGAUGUGACAUUUAAGGCAGAAAAAAAAUAUGUAAUUUGUAUUUUAAACCAUGUAUUGAGUGUGCAUGAUUUUGCAUGACCUUUAGAGAAUUAAGAAUUAUACAAACAAAACAGCAACUGGGUCCAGUGUGAAGCAAGUUUAUCAUGAGGCAGAAGUGCUUGGGGACCAGGUGAUGUGUACAGUCAUCAGUUCUGCCUAAUCUAGGCAUUACCACUUUUUGAAACCUUAAUGCAGGAAAUAUGAGCUUGCCAAUCAUCUUUUGUUUAUGACCUCCUUGAUAUGUAAGUCAUUACUAUACAUGCAUUCCCUAUGUGAAUGAAGACUGUUAGAUGAAUCCAAUAAAAAGACAAAAGCUUA